CGGGGUUCGGAAAGAAGUAAACAAACGCGUCCGGAUGGGAAAAGACGUUAACGGCCGCGGAACGUUCAGAAAGAGCAAAGUCUAAACUAUGCGGAAAGGCUCCAAGGAGACAGCUCCCCAAUGCGAUAAGCCCCCCGUUGCCGCUUGCAAGAAGUUCCCCAUCCUGUCUGAGCAGAACAAAAAAGCCAGCCCAAAGGAUUUUGUGCAGUUCCUCCCACUCGAAAUCUGCCUGAAGAUCUUUAGCCAACUGGACAUUCAGAGCUUGUGCAAUGCUGCCAUGACUUGCCAAAGCUGGAACCGCACCCUGGAGUCUUGUGAUCACUUGUGGAAGCAACACUGCUUAAUUGUGAGGGUUGUCUGUCAGCGAGAGAUUGACGGGGACAGAGGCAAUGGGUAUUCGUGGAAGGUCACGCUGCUGAGAAACUACCGGAAAAGCAAAGUGAAACACGACUGGCUGAGCGGGAAAUAUAGCAACAUACAUUCCCGCAGUAGCUUGCCAGAGAAGAGCAUGUACCCCAUGGAUGUGGACACUUGGGGAGAAAUCCUAGAGGCAGAACUGGAACGAUAAGAAGGCCAACUCGGGAAAAAUAGUGGAACUGAUUAGUACAGAUGUUGAGUUGCAUACCGUAUUGAACAUCCAUUCAGGGCCCGGUGGAAGAUGACUACUCUAUGGAUUUUUGACAUUUAGCACUUUUAGAACUUCUCUCCCC